GUUUGGAGGUACAUACGUAUCGAAAACGUACCGUAUGCACCGAUGUUUUGAGAAAUUGUCGCAGUUGUGGUUGUUCCUGUUGCAGAAUAUGCCGCUGCUUCACAGUCUUCACACGGCCUAACGAUCGGACGAUAUCUCGGUAACACGCUAUCAAUCUUUAUUGAUGCAGCAUUAAAGAAGAAUCAUGUUUUACGCACAUUUUGUGUUGGCCAAAAAAGGGCCUUUGGCUCGUAUAUGGUUGGCUGCUCAUUGGGACAAAAAAAUAACAAAGGCACAUGUAUUUGAAACUAACAUAGAAAAAUCAGUGGAUGGUAUAUUACAACCAAAAGUUAAAAUGGCCUUGAGAACAUCCGGUCAUUUAUUAUUGGGAGUAGUACGAAUCUACUCAAGAAAAGCCAAAUAUUUAUUGGCCGAUUGCAAUGAAGCUUUUGUAAAAAUUAAAAUGGCCUUUAGGCCAGGAAUGGUAGAUUUACCUGAGGAACAUAGAGAGGCGGCUGUAACAGCUAUUACUUUACCAGAAGUAUUUCACGAUUUUGAUACUGCUAUGCCUGAACUUAAAGAUGUUGAUAUUGAAGCUCAAUUUAGUUUAAACCAAUCUAGAGCAGAGGAAAUAACAAUGAGGGAAGAUUAUGGCAGUUUAUCUUUGGUUACACAUGAUCAAGGUUUUGGUGACAUGAGUUUUGAUGCAGAGCCACCAGAAUUAUUACGACAUGGUAGUGGUAUGGAACCUUCAUUAGAUCAGAGUCACAUGUUGUUUAGUGAUGGUCCAGGAAUAGAAACAGCAUUGGAACAAAAAGAAAAAGAACCAGUUGCAGGAACAUCUGCUACGACACAACCUAUGGACAUAGAUACACCUAUUAGAGAUGAUGGUUUUGGUGGUCAUCUUGGCCAAGAUAUCAUAUCGGGCGGCCUUUUUGAAGGUGGUUUAUUUGACGAAGCUCCAAUGGGUGAGGUACCUGUACCUGAGGUUAGUUCGAUAACUGAGCAACAGGAAGCAGGAACUGCUCCUGGAACUGCUGCAUCUGUGCACGAUGAAUCUGAUGAAGAUAUGGGCGAUCAUUUUGGUGGUCCAGGGUCUCCAAUGGGAGGCAUGAGCACUGAUGGCUCCAGACCGGCUACACCAGCAGCAGCUGGAGAAGAAAUGGAUGGAAGAAUAAGCGUCGCCAGUCGACGUUUUACACCAGCUCCACCAGUUAUACCAGAGGAACAUGCCAUUGAUAAUGUAGAAGAACCACCACCUUUACAAGAUCAAACCACAUUGUUACAUGAUGAUGAAGAAAGCUUUGCGUUACCUCCAAUCGAUGCAUCCAUUUUAAAAGGUUUCACAAAAACUAAGCGCAAGCGUAAACUUAUUGUUGAUGAAGUAAAAAAUAUCUCUGGUGAAGAGAUGAAGGCACAGCUAUCUGAUACUAGUGAUAUUAUCACAACAUUGGACUUGGCACCACCUACAAAAAGAUUGAUGCAUUGGAAGGAAACAGGUGGCGUAGAGAAGCUCUUUGCUCUACCAGGAAGUUCUAUUCCAGCUCGUGUUCUGUUUAAGAAUUAUCAGAGACAUCUAACCAGCAAGUCUUAUGAUCAUGAAGAUUUUGGACGACUUGGAGCUGAGGAAGAUGGUAUGUCUCUGGAGCAAAUGAGAGAUGCUCCAGAAGUAGAGCCAUCUUCUUAUGAUCAAAGUAUUCUCAAUAAGCGUACAGGACGAAAACGCAAAGCACCGCAGGAUGAUGAAAUAAAACAACCUCCUCAACCACCUCAACCAACGCCAGCGGAUGUCAGCCAACCGUCAGCGAACGCUAUUGAGGCAGUAGAAAUUCCGAGCAUAAUCGCGCAACAUAAUCUUCCUUCGGAAUCAUCUAUAUCUUCUGAACUACCUUUACCGGCAGAACCAUCGGUUUCCGACAUAAGUAGCAUUGUGCCUUCUAGGGAACCAUCGAUAGUAGCACCACCAACUACUGAAACACCAUUGCUCAGUUCAGAAAUACCACAAAUUGCACCAGCUGAAGUCAGCUCAGUACUCGACACACAUGAAGAAGCGCAAGUACCACCACAAGAGGAACCCGUUGCCGCCAUACAAACACCCGAUAUGCCACAGAUGGAAAAUAUGGGUUACGAUCAAGCACAACCACAAGUUUCAUACAUAGGCUAUGAUGAACAUCAUCCUCCAGCGCAUACGCCUGGUGCGAUUUCAGAAAGAGGGCCUGCAACACCAUGGAAUCAUGAAGAUUACGAAUUUCCGCCAUCUGUGGGACCUCAAGAGGAACAACAAAUGGAUGAAACUUAUGAACAAUUUGAAGAGCGCGUUCUUAACAAAAGAGCAGCGCAUAUGUAUCAUGUUAUAAAGAGCAAAUUAGAUACCAAAGAUAAAUUAACAUUAUCGGAUAUGGCAUUCAAAAAUAAUCGCAAACAGGUUGCACAGAAGUUUUAUACACUAUUAGUUCUGAAAAAGUUCCAAGUAUUAGAACUCAAUCAGGAAUAUUCAUAUGCUGAGAUUAUAGUCACAAAAGGACCAAAAUUCGAAAAUCCCGCGUUGUAAAGGUAUUUCCUCAGUUAUAUGAAUAUCAACAAGAAAAAAAAUGUUGAUAUUUCAUUGCACAAAAAAUAUCAAAAAAUAACACAUUCACAUUUUUCAUAAAUAAAUUUUAAAAUAUUGAAAGAAUUUAGUAUGUUUUAAACAGAAUAAUUUAUAAAAAAUGAGAAAAUAUUAACUAUUUUUUUUCUAGAUCCCUUAUCUUACAAAAUUGUAUAUUAAAUGCCCAUUGCUACAUGAUCAUAUAUUAAUCACAUUGCAUUCCUUUUUAUUUUUUAUUUUUCUUUCUCCUUUUUCUUUCUUUUUUUAUUUAAAUGGAUUUUUAUUAAUGGAUUAGUCUUGCUAAAUUUUUUUGUUCUUUUAAAAAUCAGUAGUGUUUUGUAUCAUUCAUAAAUCUAAACAGGGUUAAAUAAAAUUAAUAAAUAAUUAAAAAAUAUUUUACAUAUAUAUGUAUCAUUAUUAGGGACUUAAAGUCUACAUUACAAAAAGGUCCAAUACCACAGAUACAUUAUUGAUAUAACUUACUAAAUUUUGAUAUAAUUAUUAAUUUUAAUGACAAAUAUUUAAUAUAAUAGAAUAUUAAUGCAAUGUGAAAUAUUUUUAGUUUCUUAAUUACAAAUUCUAAGAACACUAAUUUUCAAGAGAAUUUAUUUAUAGUGCUUAUAUAUAUAUAUAUACACUUAUUUGUAAUGUAAACAGUUAUUAAUGGAAGACUUGAUUUAAUUAUUUGUGAAUAAUAAUUUUAUGUAUUAUUUUUAUAUUGUUAGCAAAACAAUAUUCUCUAUAUCUCUGCAAAAAUAUUUGAGUAUACAAAAAAAAAUAGACAUAAAAAAACAUGAAGGUUUAUAAUUUUCUUUUUAUAUGUCAUUUAUAAUUAAUAUAUGAAUUUUGCGAAAAGCAUUUGUAAAAUAUUUCAUUUCGCAAUAUCUACUUAAAAAAAUAAAUAAAAAUUAUUAUAUUAAAUAAAUAAACAUCAUGAUUUAAAUGUGUUGCUAUUUUCUGAAAGAAAGUGCUGAGAUUACUACAGUAUUAACGAAAAUUAAUGAUUGUUUAAUGAUUUAUCGUUGCACUUCUAUAUCUAUCUUAUGAAGAAUAUAAUAUUACAAAAAAUAAAUAUAUUUUAGCAAAUUAUUUUAUUUUGCAAUAAAAUUUUGCAUAAAUUUAUAUUAUAAAUAAAUAUAAAUCAAGAUAAAAUGCAUUGUUAAAAUAUAAUCAUAAAAAAUAAUUUAACGUUAUCAGUUAACUGCCGUGAUGUAGCAAAUAUAUUAUAGAUAACAUCUAUUUAACUGUUCAUCAAAAAAAUUAUUAAAAAAUAUUUAUAUAUGACAUUGUUUAUAAGUGAUAUUGAACUUUAUAAACAUACAUAUCACAUAAUACUUAAAACUGUUAUUCCAUUAUUUUCCAUUAAUGAACUGUUACUAUAUAUAUAUUGCGUAUAUAUGUAAUAAUUUAUAUUAAGUUAUACUAAAAUAUUCUUUUAUAUAUCAUCAUUUUUAUCUUUUUAUAUGUUAUGUUACAAGCGACAUCUUUAAGCCUCGAAAAUAUGCUUACUUUAAUAUUCAAUUAUGUAAUAUUCAUUCUUUUUUAUUAUUGCUUGUGAUCAUAUUAUUUCAUUGUAAUAAACAAGCAUCUUUAGAUGGCACAUUGAUAUAAUUAGCAUAGAAAUAAAUAUUAUUGAUGUAUUAUAAA